AUGACAUACAUUGAUGGAUCAGAGGAAAUGAUGACAUACAUUGAUGGAUCAGAGGAAAUGAUGGCAAAAAUUGAUGGAUCAGAGGAAAUGAUGGCAAACAUUGAUGGAUCAGAGGAAAUGAUGGCUAGCAUUGGUGGAUCAGACGAAAUUAUGGCAUACAUUGGUGGAUCAGAUGAAAUGAUGGCUAACCUUGAUGGAUCAGAGGAAAUGAUGACAAACGUUGGUGGAUCAGAGGAAAUGAUGGCUAACAUUGGUGGAUCAGAGGAAAUGAUGGCAAAUAUUGAUGGAUCAGAGGAAAUGAUGACAAACAUUGAUGGAUCAGAGGAAAUGAUGACAAACAUUGAUGGAUCAGAGGAAAUGAUGGCAUACAUUGAUGGAUCAGAGGAAAUGAUGGCUUACCUUGAUGGAUCAGAGGAAAUGAUGACAAACAUUGAUGGAUCAGAGGAAAUGAUGGCUAACAUUGGUGGAUCAGAGGAAAUGAUGGCUAGCAUUGGUGGAUCAGAGGAAAUGAUGGCUAACAUUGGUGGAUCAGAGGAAUUGAUGACAAACAUUGGUGGAUCUGAGGAAAUGACGGCAAACAUUAAUGGAUCAGAGGAAAUGGUGGCUUACAUUGCUGGAUCAAAGGAAAUGGUGGCAAACAUUGGUAACAGUAUAAAAUUAUCAAUCUUUAAAACUCUGCUAUGA